UCAACCUCGGGCUUUUACAGACCGUACUUCACUUACUCCCAAGAUGAGUGAUGAAGAGACUACUUACACAACUGUGAGAUUUCACAAGUCUUCUUCAGGGUUACAGAACAGAGGAAGGCCUGAUGAGACUCAAGUGCCCAGAGAAGCUAGCCACAGAGAGUGUUCAGUCCCCUGGAAUCCCAUUGCUUUAUGUCUUGGAAUCCUUUGUUCCAUUCUGCUGGUGGCCAUUGCAGUGUUGGUGACACUCAUUUUUCAGUACAGACAAGAAAAACAUGAUCAGGAGAAAAUGCUAAAAAUCAUCCAACAAAAGUACCACAUCAUGAAAAAUGAAAGUUACUUAAAAGAACAAAUUUUUAAAAAUAAGUCUACAGAGUGUGAUGACCUCAAAGAUCGUCUGAAUUCUGUCAACAGUGAAUGGAAGAGAUGCUAUGGGGAAACUAAGAUUGUUUUAGAUUGCAUACAUCACACAGGCAAAUGUGUUGAAGGACACUGGUUCUGCUGUGGCAUAAAAUGUUAUUAUUUCCUCAUGGACAAUAAAAGCUGGAAUAGAUGCAAACAGACCUGUGAGGACUGCAGCUUAUCCCUUCUGAAGACAGAUGAUGAUGAUGAACUGACUGUCCUUAAGUCCCAACUUUAUCCAAAGACUUACUGGAUUGGAUUGUCAUAUGACAGGGGAGGCAAAGAAUGGCAAUGGAUUGAUAGUGGCUCAUCUAAACUGUGAGUUUU